AUGGCUCGCAAGAAGAUCAUCAUCGAUACAGACCCCGGCAUCGAUGACAUUCUCGCUCUGCUGCUGGCGCUGUCCGCCCAGCCAGAAGAGGUCGAUUUGCUGCUUAUCUCGUUGACUUUUGGCAACAUCGAGGUCAAGAGCUGCCUCCGCAAUGUGGUCUCCAUGUUCCACAUCCUUGAGCGUGAGAUCCAAUGGCGUCGCCAGAAUGGCCGUCCUGAAGGUUUUGGCGCCAUGCGUGCCUCCCGGCCCGUUGUCGCCGUUGGUGCUGAGGAUCCGCUGGAGGACCAGAAGAUGUUGGCUGAUUACUUCCAUGGAACGGAUGGACUUGGCGGUAUCCAUGCUAGUCACCCGCACCUCACUCCCAGUCAGACUUGGAAGCACCUCUUCGACCCCGCGAUUGAUCACCAGGGUAUCGAGGCCGUCAAGACUGGCGCCGAUCCCGAAGAUCAUUCUUUCAUUCCUUCAAAGAUCCCUGCUCACAAGGAGAUCUUACGGGUGUUGCGUGAGAAUGAGCCGGAUUCAGUGACUUUGGUUGCUGUUGGCCCUCUUACCAACUUGGCUUUGGCGUCCGCCGAGGACCCCGAGACUUUCCUUCGGGUGAAGGAGGUUGUCGUCAUGGGCGGUGCAGUUAACGAGCCUGGCAAUGUCACCCCAGUUGGCGAAUUCAACGCCUAUGCUGAUGCCUUUGCCGCCGCACGGGUAUUUGCACUAACAUCACCCAACCCUAACUCGACCCUGCCACUUACAACGAGCUCCAUGUUUGUACCAUACCCCGCCAAAUUGAGUCGUCAAUUGACUCUCCGCCUAUUCCCACUGGACAUCACUCUACGGCACAACCUGUCCCGCGGCGAGUUCCGCACUGCCGUAGCCCCCCUCGUCGAGGCCGGUUCUCCCCUCGCAGAAUGGGUCUCCGCCUUCAUGGGUCACACUUUCCGAACCCUGGAGAGACUUCAUCCCGGCCACGUGGGUGAUGAUGCCGAGCUGAGUCUACACGAUCCGGUUUGUGUCUGGUACGCCCUGACAUCCGAGGACCCGACCUGGGCGCCCACGGCCACAUCCCCUGAGGAUAUCCGUAUCGAGACGACGGGCCAGUGGACGCGUGGUAUGUGCGUUGUUGAUAGACGCAGCCGGCACCCUGUUGAGGGUGAUGAGGAGAGCUCUAGUGACCAUGGCUUGUGGUUGAGCCAGCGUGCUGGUAACCGUAUUUAUCGGAUGGAUGUGUCGCCUGUGGAGAAGACAUUCGGAACUAUUCUUAUCCAGAAACUCUUCAGUUAG